AUGCUCUCCCUCGCCAUCCUCCCGGCCCUCGCUGCCCUCGUCGCCGCCACCGACAUUGAGCACGCCGCGCUACCCUCCUACCACUAUGGCGCCCCUAUCCCCAUUGAAUGCAUGAACCGCAGCUCAGAAACCGGCGAGCACAUUGAAGACGGCAACCACCAGCUGCAAUGGAUCCCGUUUCCUGACUGCAAAGAGACGGGCAAGCCGCUCGAGUUUGGCUACGGCAUCGAGGGCGAGGUCAACUGCACCAUUCCCAUCUCGCACGACUUUUUCCACCUACUCGAGUUCUACAUCCACAGCGACGCGCCGCUGUCGUGCCGACUACCAGCGCGGCCGCCCGCCGAGGUCGUCGUGGUCGGCGAGGCGCCCCCGCCGCUCGAGCACAUCCCGCUCGUCUUCGCCGUCGCCGGCACGCUCCAGCUCAGCCACAUGCACGUGUCGACGCACAUGAACGUGCUGCUGCACUCGGUGCCCAAGCACCACGUGCACCACCACGACAGCGGCGUCCUCGACUCGGCCAUCUCGUACAGCACCAGCCCGCUCUCCCACAUGGAAGGGUCCGCGUCCACCAAGCUCACCAUUGGCGAGCCCCUGCCGCUGCGCUUCUCGGUCCGCUGGUUCCCCACGCCGCACCUCCCGCACUCAGAGGGCCGCGUCGAGUGGCAGGGACUCGGCGGCCACAUCUACGCGAGCACCUUUUUUUACAGCCUCGUCUCGUUUAUCGCCGGCGGCUUGCUGGCUGCCAUGUACACGUUGGGUAUUAUCCUGCCGAGGAGGUUGAGGAACCGCGCGAUGGGCGGCGCGACGCCGCUGGGCCACGGGCUUGGCAACGGCUGGGGAUACUCGAAACGCAUGGACUAG